GAUUUCGUGUUUUGUAUGUAAACUGAAUUCUCCAGGUAAAAGUUUUCAGAAGACGAGAAUAUGACUACAGCGGAAUCUAAUGACUCUAUGACGGACACAUUGUCGGCUAUCAACAUUGACCAGUUAACCAGUGCUGCCAUGGGGGCCUUUGGACACAAUGUAGUUGGACUGUAUGGGCAAAAUGAACCAGCCUCCACACAUGCAACAGUCAUUCCAGUCCCUUCGUCGUCAACAGUUAUGACAAGUUUACCUCAAACUGUUCCAUUAAUGGUCUCUAUAGGAAUGGGAGAUAAGCAAAACACAACACAAGGAACCCUGCCACCACUGAAGUCAUUGAUUCGACAUACAGGGCUACAAUCAAUCCGUCAGCUUCUUUCCCCCAUCACACCACCAAACCCUACCUCAUCUAUUGUGAGUACAACUGAACAGUCCCAAAGUUCAACAAUAGAUGGGACCAGCAUCAAAGCAAUCCCAGAAUCCCUACCUGUUGAUAAGUCCGUCCUCUCAGGUGUGUUCCCACCGGACUCCACUGCAAACUGUCACCAGACAAGUGCCCUGUUAUCACAGCUGGCAACCCUAGCUCAGGGGAAUGCCCAGGCCAACCAGCUAGAGGUAUCAGGCAUAGAAAAUGCAGAUCAGUUAGAGGGGAUCGACAGUAGUUUUUUGCAAAAUCCAAAUUCUAAUACAGAUGCCCAGAUAGCUGGUCUACAGAGCAUGAUCAAUCUUAUCCUGACCAAUCCAUCCUUACAGAACAGUGCAACAUGUCAAGCACUUUUAAACAUUCUCAACCAGUCAUCUGGUGAAACUACAGCAAAUCCAGACAUGAUCCCAGUCUCACAGAGUGUUGAUAUUUGUCAUUUACUGAACAGUGAUGGUUCUGUUCAACCAGUUCAUUCCAGUAAUGUGUCUCUACCAGCAAUUCCAUCUGUCACACAGUCGGUCGGAUCUACCAUUGCUUUGGCUUCAAUUGUUCCCAGUAUUCCAGUUUGCAUUCCAUCCACUCUUUCAGUAAUCUCUUCUUCUUCAUCCAACCAAUCAACUUCAGCUCCAUCAUCUGUUGUCACGGAAACAUCCCAAUCUCAGCCAAUCGAUGCCUCACAGGUGACCUACCUAAGACAGCUAAUCAACAGCCAAGUUUCAUAUGCUGAUACAGCAACCUUGGGACAAACAGCCAAUCAAAUGAUCUCUGUGAAACAAGAUCCCUCCCUGGGUUCCAUUCCAAACCCUACCCAGUCCCUGCUGAUCAGUGGGGAUCAGUUGGAGCAAUUCUAUGCAGUCACCACAUCUUCUGACACUAUGGCAGUGGAGGGAUUACUGCAGUCAACCUCUAAUACACAAGUGGCAGUGGCUACGAUGAACUAUCAGGACUAUGCUGCCAUACAGAACAGCCUGACUAACUUCCUCCAGUCGGCCGCGGACACUGAUGAUGUCACUCUCCCAUCCAACCUCACCAUAGAAAACAUCAACGCAGCAAUACAGUCAGAAGAUCUAAAAGUUAAGAAAACUUCAUCAACACAAGAUGUAGAUUUCUCAGUAGACUAUUGUGUUACCUGUGACAGUUCUAAGUGCACCUGUCUGAGCCCCGUUCAGUAUACACACAUUACAGACAAAGUCAUCCCCUCCAGGGCUCGACUCUCCAUGCCAGGCUGUCUGGAAAUCAGGCUCUCAAAGUCCUCUAUGUCCUCACAGACUCCUGAAGGUGUUUAUGCACUGAAAUGUCUGGGAGCACAUACUAAGUUUGGACCACUGAUUGGGAAAGACAUAACUACGUUAGAAACAGAGGGAUUAUUCCCGGAGUGGAGGGUAAUGGCAGACAAUGAUUGUCACUAUAUUACAACUGAUGAUGAAGAACAGAGCAAUUGGUUGAGGUUUAUACGGCCCGCCCAGAACAUCGUGGAGCAGAACUUAGUCGUUCAUCAGGUGGGACGGUCCUUGUUCUUCUUUGCCAAGCGAGACAUCAGGGAAGGGGAAGAACUCUUGUACUGGUUCUCAAAGGAGUAUUCUGUGAUUUGUGGUUUCUCACUGAUCCCUAAGCCAGGCAGUGUCAACGAGUGCCCAGUCUGUGCCAAAAUGUUCCGUAAGAAGCAGGGCCUGAGACAGCACCUUACUGACGUACACAAGGAGGCCCUCUGUAAUCCGCCGGAGGAUAACGAUCUGUUCAGUCUCAAAUCCAAAUCCAGGAAACAGAAAUCCGAUCCUUUAGAGCUCAUCACUUGUCCAUUUUGUAAGAAAGUCCUGGCCAGUAACAGCAAUCUCAAAAAACAUUUAGCCGUCCACAAAGGUGAAAGAAAUUUUCAGUGUGAAUUUUGUCAUAAAUCUUUUCGACAAAAGGCUCAUUUGGAAUCUCACAUGGGAAUUCAUAAAGUGGAAAAACUUAGGUGCACAUUUUGUGAUAGGACAUUCAAUCGAGACACAGAUCGAAAACUCCACGAGAAAAUCCAUACAAAAACUGGUCUAUUUCAGUGCGAGUCUUGCGAUAAGACCUUUACGAAAAAGCAAAACUACAAAAGACACAUUCUCAUUCAUACUGGACAGAAAAACUUUCACUGUGAGUUAUGUGACAAAAACUACUACACAAAAUACCAUUUACAGCGUCACAAAGCCAAAUGCCGAGGGGGUGAGAAAUAUCCAAUGUACUUGGAGAUGGAGGAAACAGUGUAUAAUGGGAAUGAAAUUCUCGGAGUAGACAAUAAGAACAGUCUUUAGUGACAAUUAUUUAGUAAUGUUUAAGCUA